GAACUCCGAUACCACUCCUUGUGUACUCGUAAUAUUGAUAGACGGACGCCUCAACAGACAGUAUCCUCAAGAUUGACACCUGUCUUUGGACAUACAUAUCCCACUGAUCAUCGAUAUUGGUGGAGAUCGGAGUUGGAUGGCAAUCCUGCCCUGUGGAUGACUCUUGGGCAGUAACUGACUGAAUUCGUUCUAGAUGGCCCGUAGCAGACAACUUGCACCCGGCGUUGGGCGCUUCUCGCGCUCACAGGCUGCUUCACGCCGCGGUCUUUACAAGGGUCUCAAAAAAUCCGAUAAGCCCGCACCCGCAGACGCUCCCGCCUUCAAGGAAGUUACAGUGGGCGGCGACAAAAACAGCGGCACGCGUCUUGUUCCCACUUCCAAAGCACCCCGAUUCUACCCUGCAGAAGAUGUGCGUCAACCAAAGAAGAGCCGAAAGUCGCCAAAGCCCGCCAAACUUCGUUCCACCAUUGUCCCUGGUACCGUCUUAAUUUUGCUUGCCGGUCGUUUCAGAGGGAAGAGGGUGGUGUUCUUGAAGCAGCUCGAUAGCGGGUUGUUGUUGGUGACGGGACCUUACAAGAUCAACGGCGUACCCCUUCGACGGGUCAACCAGGCAUAUGUCAUUGCAACAUCCACCAAGGUUGAUCUCGGUGACUCCAAGGUCGAUGCCAAGAUCAACGACGCUUACUUUGCAAAGCCUGCAACUAAGGGCUCAUCCUCUGCAGAGGCUGAGUUCUUCGAGGAGGGCAAGCCGAAGGCAAAGGAGGCAUUCCCAGAAGCCAAGUCCGCCGACCAGAAGGAGGUUGACAAGGCUGUCAUUGCUGCCGUGCAGAAACAGGAGAACCUUGCAAAAUACCUCAAGGCCACCUUCGGCCUGUCGAAGGGCCAGUUCCCUCAUCAGAUGGUGUUCUAGGGGUGGAGGACGCUGUUUCGAGGAUCAUGGAGCUGGGCCAUAGGUUGACGACAUCAGAUAUAU